UUUUAACGCGCAAGUGGCAAGUGCCUAUUUUAUAUUAUCUGUCUACGCCAAGAGAAGUCAAGAAGAGGCACCAACCAUAAGAAAGAGGUAACCAAUUUAGGAAUUGACAUUGAUGACAGGAAAAAAAAGACAGACUAAUGGGAGUUUGACAAUGCCCAUGACAAGUUAACGAUAAAUGGGCCUCACGCCCACUUAGAGUAUUAAGCUUUGUGAAUAAUCUAAGCCCGUAUAAAAUAUAGAAAAUUUUACGCUCUGGCAUACUUUUCACUUAUUCAUUAUCACUCUAACAUACUUUCCUCAUGUCACAUACUUUCUCAUGUGCAAUUCUCUAAUUUACCCUUCAACCAAAACUAGAAACAUAAUGUUUAAAAAAUAAAAACCUAAACCAGAUGAAUUACUAACAAAGAAAAAAAACUUUAUCUUCUCUCCCGAGCCUUUUCCUCCACUCUUCGUUUUCUACAACUGGAUCUCCGGUGACCGGCGUGUGGUGGCUCCUUUAGCAUCACUGCCGGUCUAGUUUGAUUUCUUUAGGUUUCUAGUGUGUAUUUUGUAUUUUGUUUAAAAUUUGGGUGUGGAUCUGAAGAAUUUAGAUCUAAGAGUUCAUCUUUGGACAUAUUUGUCGAGGUGGUCAUGGGCUGUCUGGUAUAGUGUCCGUCAUCGGUGAAUCGCGGUGGUAUCUACUGGAUUCGUGCUCCUGAUCUUCCUCCGUUCGAUUUGGGUGGGAGAAGCGAAGGAUUCAUGCUACGUCGUGGCCUUGCGGUGGUCUGGGGAUAUAUGGUUGGGUCCGGAGCCGGUGAAGUGCGUCGAUCUCCUCUGCCCAUGAGCUUCUCCUGUUUACGGUCCCUUCCUUGUAUCUAGAUUAUCAUGGUGUAAUUGAUGGUUUGAACCCUUUCUAUCUUUGAUUAGAGUAAAGAUGAUUAUUUCUAGUCUCUAUUCAGCAACGGUACGACAUCCAAAAGAAAUCAAGAAAGUUCAACGCAGCUGUGGACAAAGAUAAACUCAUGAAAGUUAAUGUUUGUUGUAUGCUUGGUCACCAACGCAGUUGUGGUCAUCUCUCACAUCCACUAUGUGUGGCCACCAUACUAUGGUUUACCACAAUUAUAGGAGUCCUUCUAAGGGUUAGUUUGUACAAAGAAUUGCUUACAAGGCUACCAAUCAUUAUCUACACAUGUUGAUUUCAUUUGUGUCAGUAAAUGAUGUUGUGGUAGUAAAUGUUUGCUGCUAGCUUUAUUUGUGGUUUGAACCUACAAAAUAUAUGUGUGGUCAAUGUAAUGUGGCGAGAUUAUAAUUAUUUUUGUUCACAAAACAGAGACAACCACAAGUUACAUGGCGUCAAACAGCUAUCUAAAACACGAAUAGAAAUUUGCAAAGUGGAUUACAAAUCUUCGAAUCCUAGCAGCAGAUUCCUAGAGAAAAAAAAUAUCUUCGUCAAAAACCAGCACGAGAAGAGACGACAUUUAUUAUCCAUCAACUUUCUUUUUUUCUGGAUUUGUAUUACUUGGUGUCAGAUGAAUUUUACUUUCCUUUAAUCUGACGGUCGUUAUUAAAGCACAUCACUCCAUAAGUCUGACAAUUAAUUGCAACGAGAGGAGUCCUAGCUAGUUUUUAGCUUUUACAAAACCAGAUCGCACAUCUCCUUACACACAAGGGUAUUUAUGUAAUAGCAGGUCAUAAAGCAUGUCUAGAAGUACACCUCCAGCCAGAAGUGUCUUAAACUGUUAAAGGCCCAACGUAAAGUAACCGAGAAUGUAAACUUCUCUAAAAUAUACGAUAGAGAUACUACCAAUUGCAAUAUCAUUCGGCAAUUAUACUAAUCCAGUCGAAUAAAAUGAUUGGCGGCUUAUACUUUUACUUACAAUAUUGCAGCAGCCAAAAUAGUCUCCUCCGGACAAUUCCGUGCUGUGUCAGGAUGCAAAUUGAAUGAUUUUUUAAUAAGUUUUAUCCUCAAAAACAAAAGUUAAGGUUCUGAUGUUUAUGAUAUGAUGACAUCAAAAUAUGUGUGGAUUCGGGAACAUAUAUGGUAAUAAAAUAAGUGGAUAUUCCAUUUGCACUUGGUGCCUCCAUAAUAACACCAACAUGAGUUUCUUUAUAUGUAAAGAAGUAGCAAUACAAAGUAGUAAAGAAAUGUUAAUAGAGGUUUUACGAUGGAGCAUCUUCGAAACGUCAAAUGUGGUCCACUUCAAAGGGAUCAGGUGAGAUCAGAAUCUAAUCAAAUAAAGAAGUAAACAGAAUUUGUUCCCCAUCUAGACGGAGACAGUGACAAUACCAUUUGUUAUCUCAAGUCCGAUCAUACAUUACAUCAACGAAACGACAAAGAUAUCAAAUUAAGUCGUCUGGUGAUGUUUUUGGAGUUCUUAUGACGUUCUGGAGACUAUAAACAGGGUUUAUGUUGUUUAACGUCAGUAAAAUAUGAUUGAUGCAAUUAACGAGAAGUUGACUAAUGUUAAAACUCUUAGAUCACCUAAUAGGUUUGGGAAAUCGCAUGUUUGAUUUCUAUUGGAAGAAGUCUGCCUCCUAAACAAAGUUGAUUUAUAACAUAGUUUAGAUUUCACCGUAGGAAGAUAUGAUCAAUGUAGUUCCCAUCAUAACUAAAUACUAUAUUAUUAUUGUUCAACAUUUGGCUCACUGAUCCACUAUAAUAAAUCAUAAGAACAUUGUUCGAUUUUUAAACACAUUUGCCUCUACUAUAGUCCAGUACGUAGAAUAAUUAUUGUGAGCUAAAAGUAGUGUGCAGAUUGACCAGCUCAAAUCUAUCUAAAAGCGAACGACGUUCAAACCUAUCAUAUAAUACUUGUUCUAUCGUAACAUGACUGAUCAACCAAUGUGGAGUUGGCAUAGUUGGCCUAAUGGUAAAGGGAGUGUUAAUAGCACUCCGGUCUCAAAGAGAUGGAUGAAACCACAUUUUUCAUAUAAAAAAAAAAUAACUGGUCAAGGCCAUCGUAUUCUCAACAGAUUUUGAGUACACAUUUGCCUAAAAAUCAAUUGACAAGACCAAAACGAAGAUACAAAAAUUGACCACGUUUUCUUAAAAAAAAAUUGGUAGUCGACGUUAGUAUACGGAAGAAUAGCAAAUAUGAGUGCUUGUUUGCCUUAAGAAAUGAAGCGUACAAGUGAAGAUACGGAUCCAAAAUGGAAGAGUCUAAAAUAAUAUUCCAAGAAGACAAGUUGUUGAGUGGGCAAGUGAAGUUGAAAGAAGAUGAGUAUCUGCCGAAAGAAUGUUUUAUCACAAACCUUAGAAUAGAGACCAAAGAGAGUACUACGAGAAAAUAUAUUUUAUCAACUUUUUUUGGAGAAGAAAUAUAUCUUCAUCUUUUUGUUAUUAUACAUUUAUAACAAUAAGUAAAAUUAGAUGAAAAAAAACCCCCAAUAUGGAUACAACAAAAACAAAGUGAGUGGAGAGGAAUAAGAGAAGUUAAACAAUGUCCAAAACAAAGGAGGCGUAAGAAAGGCGCAGAUGUCGUCGAUAAGAUUCAUCGACGAGAUCUUCCCAAGAUUUGGAAUAUGUCUACUUGCAUUACCACCCACAUGAUAAAAAUAUAAACAAAAACACCUGAAUAUCUUCGAAAAGGUGCUGCUGUUUUUUUUUUACACCCUUCUCGUGGUUAAUCCAUAACUUCGGUUAGUACUUAGUAUGUUUCCUCUAUAUAUUAGAACAUCUAUGACUAAAGAAAAAACGUUGAAAUAUUUUGAUGAAUAAACUAUAAGAAAUUGUGUUGAUGUGGUUUUGUAUCUUCGUAUUUUUUUUCUUAUUACUCUAUUUUCAUAACCGUUUCAGGGAAAUAAUUUGAUUUAACUAUUUUUGUUUACAGAACUUAUGUAAACAGUUUCUUAAACAAAUUUAUUAUGGUUGGAAAUCAAUAUUUAAAUCGAUGAAAAUUAAAAAUAAUUAUUUUUAUUAUAUUUUGAAUACUCUUGUACCCGUUCAGUUCUCUAUUUAAAUUCGGAUUUUCGAGCUAGAAAAAUAAGAACUGUUCGAGUUUUUGUAAAUGUUAGUUUGGUUUUAGUUUUGGUUUUGGCUUUUUCGGUUCGGUUCAGUUUUUGGGUUUUGGAUAUAUGCCCAUACUAUUGAUGUGGAUCCAAAAUAGUUAAAAAUUAACAUUGCAAGUUAUGUCACUAAAAUUUUGCAACAUAUUUAAAAUUUAAAUAUUUUUUAUAUAAGCUCUAUCUGAUAUUUUAUAUGUAAUUUCAGUAAAUACUAUAAAAUAGACUAAAUAAUAAAUAUAUUUCGUUAAUAUAGUAUAAUUAUUUUAUAAAUAUAUAAAUUUAAGUAAAUAUAUAAAAAAUUAAGUUCCUAGAUUUGAUGAUGGUAAAGUUUUCAGAUUUUUCAACUAAACAUGCAGAGUUUCUACCAAAAUAAAGAUAUGUUGUAUAUUAAUCCAGUUAUAUUAAAAGCUAAAAUAAAAUUUGAUCAAUGCGAAACAUGUUAGAAAAUAUAUAUGAGCUUAGUUUAAAUAUGUAACAUUAAAAAUAAAAGUAAAAUGAAACGAAAGAAACAAAAUAGAUUAAUAUAUUAUAAAAUAAAUAAAA